AUGCCUGUUAUAGAUGAAUCAGUCCAUUUGCAGGUGCUGCUAGGAGCUGGUCUGGCACUUCUAUCCUUCUGCCUGCUGCUUGGCUGUGCCAUCUGUUGGCAUAGAAGUCGCAAGCAACAAUCUUCAACCAGCACUGAUGGUGGGGACAAAGGCUGUACACAGCAGUGUAACAGAGACAUAGAGUUAUCUGACUGCCUUGAAAAGCCUAUUAAUGUUGCUAUUCAUCAAAGUUAUGAAACUGUGGACCUCACUCCUAAAGGUGGGGGCGAAGGAUUGUCCCCAACUCAGCAGGGACUGAACAGCAUGUCUCAGAGGAACCGUCAUGUUAGAGCUUCUCUGCCCAGCCUUUACCAGCUUUCAUCAAAGACUAAGCGUGCUUUAAAGCGUAGGAGCACUGUUAUGGGGGGAAGUUCAUUCGAUGGGGAUUGUGACCGGCUGAUGAGGGUGCCACAAUCUCGCACUGAUCCCAGUGGGCUCUGUUCCAUCAAGCAAAAGUCUCAGCUACUUGUCCACUUUACUUUAUGUUACUCUUUGGCUGAUGAAAUGUUAACUGUUACAGUCACUGGUUUUUCCAAUCUGCCGAAACGGUUGUAUCAGAAAAGAGACUCUUUUGUCAAGGCCUACCUCCUGCCUGGAUUUAGGGAGCCACACGCUGGGCAGACAAUGAAUUCAGAUGGCAUACAGAUGUUCACUUUCCUUGGCUGUAUGCCAGACGAUUUGAAGGACAAAACCCUGAGGCUAGCAGUAUAUGCCCGUGACAGAAGCUCGAUGAGGGAAGGCUUCAUUGGGGAAGUGCUUUUUUCCUGCGCCAAUUUGGACUAUAACUCUCAAGCCACAUCAGGCUUUACGAAAGAGUUGUCAAUCAAUAAAGCAAAGCUAAAGAAGAGUUUGAGCGUUUUGGAUGUUGUUUUGCCUUCCACAUCCAAUCUCAAGUCACCUGGACAGAUAUUGAUCCUUCUGCAGCACCAAGUAUUAGCCAAUCGUAUCAAGGUGAUGGUACAGAAGGCAACGAACCUGAGCAAACUAACCCGUAUUCCUGGAGCCCCUGAUCAUUUUGUCAGCAUUCGGUUGAUUCAGGAGAACCAAGUGAUGGAUAUUAAAGAGACCCGGACAGCGUCAGGUUCCUGUCCAGUGUGGAAUGCCCCAUUUCUAUUUGAUGCCCCUGUUGAAUUUGUGCAGAGUCCACACUUACACCUAGAAUUUUUAGUCAUGCAGGGCCGAAUGUACAAUCGUGCUCGUAUUCUUGGGCGUGUAGUAAUUGGUGCUGGUACCUCAGAAGCUGGCAUGGCUCACUGGCAGGAAAUGUGUAACAAAGCACCAGUGGAGUGUUUCCAAUGGCACACAAUACAGUCAGAUGCGUUUUAA